GGGCGAUGUUAUACAAUUCUAGGCACGACCGGAGCAAGUGAGAGUCUCGUCUCAUGGUCUAGCUGCCAAGAAGCCGGCGUAUGAGGUGACAAUGAGACUCGCGUCAAAGUUCAGGACUUCCGUUACGAAACCUGCAUGGAGUGGUUGGAUCCGACGCAAGCCAAGGCUGAGGGAACGAGGCGUGUGGAGGCGAAACAAAGAGUGGAGACACGCAGAUCCCUCCUCUUCAGCCUCGCUGGGUGACGCCAUGCAAGUUCCUCAGCUGUUCGUGAUCAACAAGACCGAGCGUAUUACGUGUGUAUGUGUGUAUGGAGUACUGUGUGUGUGGGCUAAAGAAAUAAGUAUCCAUGGAAAGCUGAAAUGACGAUUUCAUACAAGAUCUCACUUAUGGGCUGGCAGGCACUUGUGCUCUCUGCAGGUUCU